ACCGCCACAGAGCUCAGAGCCCGCCCUCCGCUCCCGUCUGGCCGUUUCCCUUCCUUUCCUGCUCGCUCUUUCUACCGGAGGCUCGCUACCGGUACGGAGGUACCGCGGCAGUGACACAGAGCGGGCACCCGGCGCCUGCCCCGCCGCGUUCGGUUCCUUAGAAAGCAGAAAUCCGGUUCGCUGGCACCCGUUCUCCCUUCUAACGGCGAUCGGUACCACCGGAGCGUCCGUGUGCUGUUUGCAUGCCGAUCCUCAGCGCUCAGGUUCCUGCCUCUUCCCAGCUGCGGCAGGAGGAAGCGGAAUGGGAGACCGUGAACACGCUGCUGCUGCGCCAUGGAAUGCAGCCCCUGAGCAUCGCGGCGUCCCCGGGCAGCGCUCCAGAUGUGAUUGCUUUGGACGGUCAGGCCUCUCUUGGAAUAAGACUUGCAUUAAAAACGUUGUUGGAAGACACUGACCGACAACAGAAGAUGAUGUACGGGCUUAUGGAGACUAAUCGUAAUCUUAGAGAUGAGGUACGACAGGAACGAGGUCGUGCAUCUCGACAAGAGAAAAGGGCUAAUGAAUUGGAAAACGUGGUGGAAAACAUUAAAUCAAAAAUCCGUCAGCUGGAAGAUGAGACAAUAGCUAAAGUUUGCCGGCAACAGAAUCAGGUCAAAGAACUUCAAAAAGAUCAGCUGGUUUCCCAGGCAAAAUACCAACAGCAGCAGGAAAAGCUGCAAGAACAGGAGGAGAUUAUUGCUCGUUUGCAGAGGGAGCUGUGCAAAGCUGGGGUGGAGGAGCAGCAGCGUGUUGCCACUCAAACCAAAAUGUUCUGCCGGUUUUGUAAGAGAGCUCCCAAGUCCCAUCUAGAUCAGCAGUUUCUUUGUCUAAUUGAUUAUUAUGAAUCUCAAAUUAAUCAAAUGAAAAAGGAGCUAAGGCAAUAUAAAAAAGCUGAAGAUCAUAUACAGAGAGAAGUAAAAAGCAAAGAAAAAUUCUUAAACUUAGAUGCUACUCCGAAUUACAGAGCGCUGCUCACGUCUUUUCAGAACCAGCUUGUUGAAACAAAAGCCAGGAAUGAACAGCUUUUGCUUGAAAAUACAAAUCUCAAGAAAGACUUGGAAACAAGGCCAACUACACAGGAAUUAAAACUUUACAAGCACCGAGUGAAGAAACUAGAGAAAACUUUAAAGAAAACUAUCCAGUCUUCAGGGAACAGUACCAGAGAAGGAACAGAAGAAAAGAAAGAACCUGAGAGUACUGCAGAGGAUCAGCUGCACGCAGUUUGCCAGCAGUACUUACAGGUGUUGUCCAAUAUUGACUCUAUUAUACGAAGUCCAAGAGCUCCUCCAUUGAUAUAUAAGCGCAAUAAAGGGCCAGUGCAAAAUUAUAUUAAGGAGAAUGGACAGGAAUGUGGAUUUGAGCACCUCCCACUCACUAUAGAAAUGUGGGCAGAUCAGCUAGUGGCCCUAAAGGAUUUGUACAGGUCAUUGAGAAAACUGUCUCUGGAAUUGGUGCCUUGGCACAUCACGGAUCCACAAGAUAACAGAGAAUCCAUACAAGUUCAAGACCUUCAGUUCAUAGUAGAUACAGUGUUAGAAGAAAUAGAAAACAAGGAAAAGAACAGCCAGACACCAUCCUUAUCAACACUGUUUGCAAUGGUCUCUCACUUCCAGAAGUUGUUUGAUGUGAAUUCUCUGAAUGGCAUUUACCCACGAAUGAAUGAGGUGUACACAAAACUUGGGGAACUGACCAAUGCAAUGAGAAAUCUUCAUGAGCUUCUGGAACUAGAUAGUUCAGUUCCACCCACAGUGGUGGUAGAUACUGUUGGGAAACUGUGUGACAUAAUUAAUGAGAAUGUGACUGAACAACUACAGCGGCUUCUGGGGAACCAAGACAUCCACAGUAUCAUCAAUAAGCUAGAAGAACAUGAAUGCUUCUUUCCACCGUUUCAAGCUCUCAUUCAAGAUUUGCUCUCUCUUCUAGAGAUCAAUAACCUGGAUGAUAUUUUACCUACUGUACAAAAGCUGAAGUUGGUAGCUAGUUAAGAGUUAGUUUGAUCUAUCCUGUGAAGACUUAACCUGUGAGAUAGCCUGUUGAUUCAUAUGCCAUUAUAGCUACCUCUAAUCUCUGUUAUCUAAUGAACAGUUUCAGACUUUUUGAUAUAAAUAAAAGUUUGGCCUUGCCACGGCA